AAAAUUGGAUAAUAAUGUUGAAAUCAAUUAAAUAUUAAUUGUGGUAUUUGUGAAAAUACAUCAGAUUUCUGUGCGCCGAAAAAUAGAAAAAAGACGAACAGAAGCGACGACUUUUCAUAAAUCAGAAAAGCUCUAAUAAAACCCAAAAUCGAAAGUCAAAUAGUGAGGCUGAAUCCAAUGGCUGAUAACAAGCCUCCUCCGCCACCGCCGACGAUCACUCUGCCGCCGAGGACUUCGAUUGAUAAUUUCUUCACGGCCGGCCCGGGGGCGAGUCCGGGCCCCAUGAGUUUGGUUUCCAGUUUUUUCGCCGAAAAUGAGCCGGAGAACGAUUGCCGCUCCUUCUCUCAGCUCCUCGCCGGCGCCAUGUCUUCCCCCUCAGCUGCGCCGAACGGUAGGCAUGAUUUUACUGCGCCGGCGGAGAGUGGGGGAGAAGGUGGUGGGAGUGGGGAGUUUAGGUUUCAGCAGAAUAGGCCGGCCGGGUUAGCGGUGUCGCAGCCGCCGGAAAUGUUUACGAUUCCGCCGGGUCUGAGUCCUGCGUGCUUGCUCGAUUCGCCCGGGUUCUUCUCUUCGUUGCAGGGCUCGUUUGGAAUGUCGCAUCAACAAAUCCUAACACAAAUUACUUCUCAUGCUCAAGCUCAAGUCCAGAGGCAAAUGCAACCUUUGCCAUAUCCAAACAUGAAAGAGUCCUCUGAUAUUUCUAAUCCCGAUCAGAAAUCUCAACCUCAUAACUUGGCUGUGGAUAAACCUAGCGAAGAUGGGUACAAUUGGAGAAAGUAUGGGCAGAAGCAAGUGAAGGGCAGUGAAUUUCCAAGAAGCUAUUAUAAAUGCACUCAUUCGAAUUGUCCGGUCAAGAAGAAAGUCGAACGAUCUCUCAAAGGUCAAAUAACCGAAAUCAUAUACAAAGGCCAACACAACCAUCCCCUGCCCAAUAAGCGUACAAAAGAUAACGGAAAUUCAAACAGUGUAAAAGAGCAAGUUACGCAUGAACAUGUGUCUGAAUAUUCAAGUGACAGUGAGGAAGUGGGCAAUGCUGAAACUAGAAACGAGGAUGAGCCCGAAUCUAAAAGAAGGAAUAUUGAGGUUGUUCAGAGUUCACAGCAAGGAGGGCCGUCCCGUUCCGCAGUUACCGAGCCUAGAAUAAUUGUUCAGACAACUAGUGAAGUUGACCUUCUAGAUGAUGGGUACAGGUGGCGAAAGUACGGUCAGAAGAUUGUCAAAGGGAACCCUUACCCAAGAAGCUACUACAAAUGCACGAUGAGUGGGUGCACUGUAAGAAAACACGUUGAAAGGGCAGCAAGUGAUGCGAAAGCUGUAAUAACAACUUAUGAGGGAAAGCAUAACCAUGAUGUACCUGCUGCCAAAACGAGCAGCCAUAGUACAGCCAAUGCUUCUUCACAAUUGAGACAUCAAAAUAAUCCCGUAAUUAACAGACCAACGGUAAAUAGAGGAACGGAGUUUCAGAACAGAGAGCAACAACAGCCUGUGGCCCUUCUCAGAUUCAAAGAAGAACAGAUUUCGUAGCAUUUACUGUAUAACGAGUUCCACUUUACACUCGAACAUAUAAAAAGAUAUGCAGAAAACAGGUUAUAUACGAAUGGAUUGUGAUGGCAAAAUAUAUAAAACCGUUGGUUAAAUUUUUUUGUUAAUUUAAGUGGUUGUAACUUGUAUUUUUUUCUUAAAAUUAUUUUAUAUUGGUAAGUAAUAUUGUAUUGCGAGAUGCAUAUGAAAAUUGGAGAUGGAUCUAUGGAGUUUAGACA